AAUCUUACAGAGUAAACGUCAGAGUCUCUCAGGGCACGUGACCGCGAGACGCGUUAAAGAGGACUAGUUGCAGUAUGGCCGAGCAAGCGGUGACGGCGAACAGAGGGGUUGUUCAGAGAAUGCUGUCUGUUGUUGGUGUUGACACUCUGGCCAGCAGUGUGUGGGGCUAUGUGGACACCACGAUAAAGUGGUGCUGGAUCCCCAGCUGGCUGCCAUCGUGGUGUCCCACUUCUCAGAGCCAGCUACAGACUGCAGAGGACAUGAUGCUGAGAUGUAGGGAUCACUUCUGUCUGCCUCUGUCAUCUGAGUGUUGUUCUGAGUGUGUAAACAGUGCUUUCUCCAAACAGUUUGUCCCCAUAUCCAGUGGCAACCAGCUGUGGACCCUGAUCUUUAGCAGUGACAACGUGAAAGACAAAACUCCUUUGGUUCUGCUCCAUGGGUUUGGAGGUGGCGUGGGCCUUUGGGCUCAGAACCUGGAUGCUCUCUCCCAGCAUCGGCCCGUCUUCGCUCUGGACCUGCUCGGCUUCGGUCGGAGCAGCAGACCCCUGUUCUCUUCAGAUGCCCAGGAGGCAGAGGACCAGUUUGUGGAGUCCAUAGAGCAGUGGAGGUCUAAAGUGGGUCUGGAGUCCAUGAUACUGCUGGGACACAACCUGGGAGGAUACCUGGCUGUGUCAUACUCCAUUAAAUACCCAGGCAGAGCAAAGCACAUAGUUCUGGUGGAGCCCUGGGGUUUUCCCCAGCGCCCGGACACAGCAGAGGCUGAUCGUCCCAUCCCGGUUUGGAUCAAAGCCCUCGGGGCCAUGUUCAGUCCCUUCAACCCCCUGGCUGGCCUGCGACUGGUUGGACCACUGGGGCCCACUCUGGUCCAAACUCUGAGACCUGACUUCAAGAGGAAGUUCUCCUCCAUGUUCAGUGACAACACAGUGUCAGAGUACAUCUACCACCUGAAUGUGCAAACUCCCAGUGGGGAAACAGCUUUUAAGAAUAUGACCAUUCCUUAUGGAUGGGCUAAAAGACCAAUGCUGCAGAGGAUGGACCAGUUGCAGCCUGAGAUCCCCAUCACCAUCAUCUAUGGCUCCCGCUCUAGCAUAGACAGCAACUCAGGCAGCACCAUCAAAGAGAUGAGACCACACUCUCAUGUGGAAAUCACAACGAUCCGUGGAGCAGGACACUAUGUGUAUGCUGACCAGCCAGAGGACUUCAACCACAGUAUUUUGCAAGUGUGUGAUAAAGUGGACUGAAUCAGAGAUGAGCUGGGUUAUUUAACUCUGGAGAAAAAGCGGGGCACCAGUAACACGCAUCACUGAUAGCAGCAGCUGGUGUUGAACCACAGAAUUUCACUUUCUCAAAGCAGGAUAGGGAGUGUUUGUACAUAAAAAAAAAAACAUAUUCUAAAAGCAGCAGUGAUCUGAGUUUGACUCAUACACUCAUGACACACUGACGUUCACAUGUUAUAUCAACUGACCAGUGAACCAGUCACAGCCUCAGAAACUGGUUGAAUACAGGCUUUGAGAUGACAUCAUUGAUUGGGUCCCCUUUUUAAUGCUGUUUGACAGCAUUCCCACAAUGAUGAAAUGGGCCUGCAUCACACACACACACACACAGACAGUUGGUGUUGCUGCAGCUUCUUGGUUAAUUAGCUUGAGCAUUAGUCAUGUAAUAUUUUCUCAGAAUUGCUUCUACCAAAUGCAGCAGAGAAGCAAAGAAAGGAGGCAUUUUGAAAUUCAAAUAUUCUGCUCAACACACAACUUCUUAUUCACACGUGGCCUUUAAUAGCCCCUGGAGCUGUCUGAUCCAAACAUGUCUUAUAAUAACUUCUAAAAAAGUUCCUUUUCUAAUAACAUGAAAAUCUUUCAGGUAAACUGAUAUCAUGUUCAUAUUGUUUAUAUAUAUUUGCUAAAUACACAUUUAACAUUUUCUGAGUUUCAGUUUAUAAUAUUAUAUAGAAUAAUAUAUAAUAUCAUAAUUACAUCAGCAUUACAUCAGACUGAAACAGAAUGUAUGUUUCUGAUACAGACAGGAAGUGUACCCUUCACUUCAUCAUUACCAAGAAGCUGCAUUAAAUUAAUCUGCUGCCAGUGAUGGACUAUUCUGUAGCUCUACAGUCAUUGUUACUGCUUGUGAAUAAACCCAGAUAAGCUCUAGCCUAGGGCAGAAACAGUGACUUGAAAUAUGUAAGACAUAAGGCUCUUGUUUUGCUUGCCUGUUUGUCAGCGUAGAUUUUCUGCUGCACAGCAGCAGUAUUACUGGAACAAUAGCCACAUGCAUGAUAUUUGCCUCUGUUCAUGUAAUAAUAUUUGCCUUUUACACUGAGCCUAAACUUAAUCACUUGGGAGCAUUUUAGAGAGAACACUGGUGGUGUAGGCACAUAUACAUCAGACAUCAUACCUCACUGGACAUGCUAAGUUCAGACACAUGAUGUUCACUAACAUUGCCUUUUUAGCUGGAGCCUCUGUUCACAGCUUCAACCUUUGGCCCUCCCCAUCCUGCUAUUGGAACAGCCACAAAAACAAUCUAUAUUUUUUUUGUUCAUAGUCAGUAUUCUCCUACAGAGAUUGUGUAAUUGAACACCAUGCAAAGAUACAGAUGCACACACUGACAACUGCAGACAACCACGGAUGUGUAGUUGUUCUAUGGGGGAUUUAUGCACAGCUGAUGUGUUGACCUUAUGCAGCCAAAUCCAAGCUCACCAAAUUGGAGGGUGUGUGGACAUCAGCACAGAGCCUCGCCUACACCUUCCAAUGACAAAUGUUAUGCCACGUUGACCCUCGCGUACUCUCACAUGUGCAAAGUCCUCAGUUAUACGUGUGUGCACCUGUAAGGGAGUGUAAUUAAGGCGGUAUCACCAGUCCUGCAGUGAACACAGAAAUUCACCAUUAGCUUAGAAAACCCAAUAACCAGUUUAAUGAUAGUGUUUUUUUGCUAGGUAAUCUGAAAUAUAAAUACAAAAAACAGCAGAUAUCUGUGAAAUACUACUUCAGGUUACAGCUUUGUCUAGACUACCACUCAGUGCUCACCUGUCAAGCUGCUUUAACCCUUUGUGGUAAAUACUUUUGUAUUAACAGAAAUGGCAACCUGUCCAGGAUGUACCCUGCAUCUUGCUCAAUGUCAGAUGAAUUUGUUUCUUCAAACAAAUCUUCUGUCUUGUCAAAUCUUAUGCCCUGAUGAUGUGGGGGCUUGUCUACUACAAAUUAAUCUCAGAAAGCAAAAACUGGGGAUGUUGAGUUUAUGAAGCAUAAAGACUGCAGUACCAGAUCAAAGUCAAGAUAUGUCUCUCUCUGCUUUGAGUUUGACUAUCUGUUUCUCACAAGGCCCCUAAUUUAAGUGCAAUUCAAAGUGUCACUUGAAGUUUAUAACUAUUUCAGUGUAAAUUGAAAUAAUUGACAUAUUAAAGAAAUCAGUGGAGAAUCUCCACUCUCGUGCCUCUCUACCUCUGCAGGUGCUAGUUUUGAAAGAAAAUUUUCAUGCCUAUCAGGUUUUUACAUAAGUGAUUUGAUUGAAAUGUUCUGAUGUAGUCUUUGUGUGUAAAAGGCAGUGACUCAGAGUCUUGAGAGGCAAAAUUUUCAGAAGAAUGUCAACUGGAGUGUGAAGUCUGUCACAGAUGUACUUGGACAAUGUGUCUGCACUGCAGCAUUAAUGUUGGAACUAGUUUGUCACAGGGAAAUAUGACUUUUGUAUUUUUACUGGAGUUUCUUGAGGCAGUUGCUUUUUACUGAUGAUUUACAUGUGGCACAAAUUAUGUAGCUUCCAAAAAUGUUCCCUCCUGUGGCAGCCCUCUCAUUCCUACCUACUUUAAGUGUAAAACCCAAAUAAAAUGUUUGCCAUAUUAUAAUCAUG